GCGGGGAGACGCCCCCAGCGCGGAUCCCACACCCUCGCCGCAGGACUCAGACUCCGGCUCACCGCUCUCCUCCCGCCUCCCCUCCUACGGACCGCACCCCGUGUGUGCUUCCCCGGAUCCCACUCCUCUCCCACCCCCUCGAGGAUUUGUUCCUGUUGAAGAGCGGCUCCUUGAUCCCCAGAUGCUUUGAGGUUCCCGGAACCUAGUCGGCGAAGUUCUCUACCUCCACGGAGAAACAGGAGCUGUUCCUUCAUCCAAAGCAAGCUGUCCACUGCUAUGGAUACCGAAUCCACGUAUUCUGGAUACUCUUACUAUUCAAGUCACUCGAAAAAAUCUCACCGGCAAGGGGAAAGAAACAGAGAGAGACACAAAUCACCCCGGAAUAAAGAUGGCAGAGGGUCAGAGAAAUCUGUCACCAUUCAAGCGCCCCCCGGAGAGCCACUGCUGGCCAGCGAUGCCACUCGGACGGAGGAGGUCCAGGAUGACAACUGGGGAGAGACCACCACGGCCGUCACGGGCACCUCGGAGCACAGCAUCUCGCAGGAGGACAUCGCCAGAAUCAGCAAGGACCUGGAGGACAGCGUGGGGCUGGACUGCAAGCGCUACCUGGGCCUCGCCGUCGCCGCGGCGCUCGGACUCCUAGUCUUCCUCACCCCCAUCGCCUUCCUCCUGUUGCCCCCCAUCCUGUGGAGGGACGAGCUGGAGCCUUGCGGCACCAUCUGCGAGGGACUCUUCAUCUCCGUGGCGUUCAAGCUCCUCAUCCUGCUCAUCGGGACCUGGGCGCUCUUCUUCCGCAGGCAGAGGGCGGACGUGCCACGGGUGUUUGUGUUCCGCGCCCUCCUGCUGGUCCUCAUCUUCCUCUUCGUGGUCUCCUAUUGGCUGUUUUACGGGGUCCGCAUUUUGGACUCUCGGGACCGGAACUACCAGGGCAUCGUGCAAUACGCGGUCUCGCUCGUGGACGCCCUCCUCUUCAUCCACUACCUGGCCAUCGUCCUGCUGGAGCUGAGGCAGCUGCAGCCCAUGUUCACGCUGCAGGUGGUCCGCUCCACUGACGGCGAGUCCCGCUUCUACAGCCUGGGGCACCUGAGUAUCCAGCGAGCAGCAUUGGUGGUUCUGGAAAAUUACUAUAAAGAUUUCACCAUCUAUAACCCCAACCUCCUAACAGCCUCCAAGUUCCGAGCAGCCAAGCACAUGGCGGGGCUGAAGGUCUACAAUGUGGAUGGCCCCAGCAACAACGCCGCCGGCCAGUCCCGGGCCAUGAUCGCCGCCGCGGCGCGCCGCAGGGACUCGAGCCACAACGAGCUGUACUACGAGGAGGCGGAACACGAGCGGCGGGUGAAGAAGCGGAGAGCAAGGCUGGUGGUCGCGGUGGAGGAGGCCUUCAUCCACAUCCAGCGCCUGCAGGCUGAGGAGCAGCAGAAGGCCCCCGGGGAGGUGAUGGACCCCAGGGAGGCCGCCCAGGCCAUCUUCCCGUCCAUGGCCCGGGCCCUGCAGAAGUACCUGCGCACCACACGCCAGCAGCACUAUCACAGCAUGGAGAGCAUCCUGCAGCACCUGGCCUUCUGCAUCACCAACAGCAUGACCCCGAAGGCCUUUCUGGAGCGCUACCUCCGCGCGGGCCCCACGCUGCAGUACGACAAGGAGCGCUGGCUGGCCACGCAGUGGAGGCUCGUCAGCGAUGAGGCCGUGACCAACGGGCUACGCGACGGACUCGUGUUCGUCCUGAAAUGCUUGGAUUUCAGCCUCGUCGUCAAUGUGAAGAAAAUUCCAUUCAUCGUGCUCUCGGAAGAGUUCGUAGACCCCAAAUCUCACAAAUUUGUCCUCCGCUUGCAGUCUGAGACGUCGGUGUAAAAGUGCUGUAUUUGUGGCUUUAUUAAAAAAAGGAAGAAUAUAGAGAGAUAUAUGUAUACCAGAGGGGCAUCUUGUUCUUACUAGUUCCCAUCGCUGAGACUGGCAGGUGAUAGACCAGCGACCUUCCACCAUCUGCACUUUAUUUGGCGGAAGCAGGGGGCGCCCGUCCAGGGAAGAGUGCCGGGGCCUCCGACUGUUGUGGGCCGGACCGCUCCGGAAGCGGAUCCCGGGCGUUCCUGUGACAGCUGCAACCAAAGCGGAGCUGGCGGUUCCGGGGAGCCUCGCCUUACAGCAAGCCGCCCCUGCCUUUCGUGCAGUGCCGCGCCCUCCCGCGCACUUCGGGGACACACCUGUGAUCCGGUUCGGGAAGCCGGACCCGACGUGGCCUCACACGUGUUUGUGUGUGAAUGUCCAGUUCCACGUCGCCCGUGGGAACCAGGGGCUAUUCUCUGUUGCCUCGGAUUCUGCCGAGAAAGAUCACAACAGAAAAUGUGCACUAAUGAUUUCAUGUGAUUCUUUUUUUCCCAAAGAGGAAAGCUGCCUGCCUUGUUUCUGACCCUGCUUUCUUUCUGGCCAGCGCAGGUAGCCUUUUGCUGACUUGGUGAUUGGCACAGGUCUUCACCUAUCCCGCCCUCCCCCGUGCGCAUGCGUGCACACUCCCCCCGCCCCACCUGGCUGGCUGGCCUGGCCGGGACGCCCAGUCUUCAGAGCUGCGUGGGACCUGGCUCAGCCUGUGUGCCCGCAGACUCUGUGCACAGCCUCAGGUGGCCCCACGGGUUAUUUGCAUAGGGGAGCGUGGAUGGCCCACCGGGUAGAUCACAGGGAGAGUGAGCCAGCUAGAACAUCCCUUUGGGGCUGCAGUGGAAGCCCCGCCCCUCCUGCCACUCCUCUCCGCUGCUCCCCACCAAACGCGGGCUUCACACUGUGACUCUGGCACUGGCAGCUUCGGCUUGGAGCUUCUAGUUUCCUGGGAGACCAAAUGAUGCCCACCGCAGUGACAGUGGCUGCCGUCCAGUCCCUGAUUUCUGACCGCCGUCACUGUGCAACUAACUCCUCACCUCUGCCACUUACUAUCGGGGAAGGGCUGCUUAGCCCCUGGUGUUGACCUGGCUUGUCGGGCUUGGCCAAGUGAGGAGAAAGGGAUGGGCUGGCUGCAGAGCUUAGGGAAAGGAGAGCAGGGAGCUAGUCUGGGGUCCAGGAUUAUUCGUCCACAAUCUGCCUCUUAAAUGCAGAUGGUUCCAGGGGCCUUUCCCGAGGCUUGGGUUGGGUGUUGGGGGAGGGGUGGGGGUGCUUCCUGGCAGAGCCCUGAGCAGGGGAAUUCCGGGAGGAGCCACAUCCGGGUUCUCCUGCCACCCUCGGCCCUCCGGUAUCCACAGCAAACCUUUACAAAGCAGCCCACUCUAGCUUUUCCCAGGUACUCAGGGUACCAUCCGCUGGCUUUGAUAGAGGAUGACACCAUCCAAGUGCCCUUUGUGUGUGUGCCCCACGCACCCUUACUGGUUUAUGCAUUCCAUGGGGGGUACAGUAUUUGUGUAUCACUCUUGAAAGCAAACUUGGCUUUCAGUAUUUGUAAUACAUCUGUACCUGAAAAAGUACGCCCGUGUUCUCGAAUCAACAGCCUCCAGGUCAAAGAAAAGAUGUGCUGGGACAGGGGCACCCGCUGGUGUGGCACGGAGCCCAGAUGUCCUGCCUGACUGCACGGAUCUGUUGAUGGAAAACACACACAGUGUCACCGCGGUGCUUUGGUUCCUCUUAGUUUUUGCCUGUAGGUCCCUUCAAACUGGACAUUCCUUAGGAUGACGUCUUUCUCAGGAAAUGUGUUAUGGGAGAUGCUGAAUGUCUAUGACUUUGGCCGUGAAAGAUUACACUGUCCCAGACGAGAUGUGUCAGAAGCUGCUGUGUCAGGCCCCCAGCAGUGCAAGUGCCACACACGUCUCCCCCCGUAGUUCACAGUGACGCUGCUCACCAGCACUCUGAAACCCCGGACUUCCAGGCCUGUCUGAAGUUACCCGUCCGGAAGGGGUUAAGUCGGGUUGCUUGCUUUGGUUCCCGCACCCUGGCGGGGUGAAGAAAGGUUUAAAUUAAGGAAUCUAUUUUCUUUCUACCCGUUUCUCUCUCUCUCCCCCUCAGUCUUGGCAUAGGAUAAUGUCAGACUUUCUGAGAUUAUUGUUUCUGUUUUAAAUUGAGUAUUGAUUUUUUUUACACUGACUUUGUAUGGAGUCCUUUUUUGAAAGAAUACCAAAAUAAAAUGCAGAAUCUUUGUACACAGCCUUUGCACACCCAAACUCUUAAUAGCUUGAGUUACUGGUGCCGUGGGGACAAUGUAGAUGCUGUUAAAACAUUUAAGGUUUCAGAAAGCUACAUCGUACAAUUGAACACAGCGUGGUUUUAUUUUAGUUCUUGGAGCCAGUAGGCUAUUCUUUUUAAAAGGGGGUGAACUGUGCCCUGGGGCGGGCUAGUCGAAUCUAGAUACAUCCACAUUAGAACAGACGGGAUUUCAUUUGCCUUAAAUGUUUAUAGAUUUUUCUAUAACUUUCCGCCGAAGUUAUUAAAAUGUGAAUGCCCAUGUUAAGGAGCGGAAGGCGGCUGCAGGCAGUGCGACUCUGAGGUUGCUCUCCUCCCUGGCAGCGUUUGAACCAGGAGAUACCUUUCGUCCCUCAGGGUGUCCUCAGAGAUAAUGACAAUUUCUAAUUGGUCACCACCUGACUGUUCCCGUCUGCAUUCUAGGAGGUGGAAGGGACUUCAGGGUUUUGUAGUUCAUCCAUCCUUUGCAUUACCCGUUAAGCCGAAACACGUAAUGCUCUUGCAAAAGGUUGGCAAAUAAGCCCCAGAGAAGAUGCUCAGCCAGGUUUUUGCCCACCCAUCACCAUCUCCCUUUGUCCUGCUCCGUCCAGCUCCUCAAAGCUGUGGACAGGCUGGACUCUGUGCAGCCAACGGCAAGGGGCGGCUGGCCUGCGCGUGUGCUGUGUGCGGUGUGGCGGCUCACCGCCCGAGCCGGGCCUCCUCUGCACUGGGGAGGACGUGGCGUUGCUGCUGUGUGUCAGGGAGGGACGUGCUACCUGCCCUCCUCUCUCUGCACUGCAGUCAGCGAGCAUCGAGGACUCUCGGUCUUGCGUGUCAUCUUCGCUUUGAGUGCAUGUGUUUAGAUGUGGCCGUAGCUCCGUGGGGAGCCAUGUGCCUAUCAGGUUGACAGACAUUGAUUGCCCUGCUCCUUCUCAGCCAUGUCCCUGGGAGAGAGGAUGUUCCAGCCAUUCAAGGAGACCAAGAAGAUCAGGUUUUCGGUUGACUCUCUUCUACCCGGGCCCUGCUAUGGCUGUAAUACCCACCCCUGAACAGGGAUGGGUAUUGUUCGUGGUUAUGUGCCUCCAUACACACGAGCGUUUCUCAGAUUGUAUGUUACCAGGGAAUGACAUGUUUAUGUAUGAGACAUCUGAGCGUCUGUGUGAGCUGUAGCAGGUGGGCGUGUAUCUUCGUACAUCACUUGUGUGUGUGUUUAUGUGUGUGAGCGUGUGCACAGAAGUGUCUUCUGGGGAGCCCACUGUUCUGCAGACGAGUCUGCCGACCCCUGUCCCAGCCCCUCCGACCUGAAAGCAGACGGGAAGGGCGAGCCCAAUGUAAUUACUGCUCCAGCUCCACUACCCUGGAAGCCUUACUAUGUGUUUCUCAAUAUAGCUGAAAAAUUGAGCAUCAUCAAAAAAACAAGGUUGAUUACUGAAGGUGGCACAGAAAGUUAGCACGAUGUUUAAAUAGUCCCGCAGUAGAGCCCUCGCGAUUCUAAAGCGGUAUGAGUAUUCCUGGGUAGUGUGUGUGCUUUACGGAUCUCGUUACAAGAAAGAAAUCACUACUGUGAAUUUACUACUAUGUAACCUUGUGGUCAUAUUCCAUGUUAAAUAAAAUACGAAUUGUUCCUAAGCCCAUACACAGUUCUUGAGUGGUGUUCGGUGUGGUACUGGAACGGUAAUGGGACGGAGCUGGCCAGAUGCCGCGUGGAAAUCCCCGUAUUGAGCUUUGACCAAAGGGAUGCUCAGGAAAUUUCAGGUCACGUUUCUGAUGAGACAUGAUGGUCCAAGAAGAAAGAGAAGGAUCCUAACAUGUACUUAUCGGUCCUUGUGUGUUAGGUACUGUUCUGGACAGCCUCGUGAUCCUCACAUGCCUCUACGGUGGGGGUUCCCUCAAUCUUACAGGUGAGAAAAGGGGUGUCAGCGAGGGGGAGACUUGCCCAUGGUCACACGGAUAGUUCCUGGAAGCUCACAUUCAAUGUUCGGUUCCAAUCUCUCGUUCAUGCACCUUGAGGUAUGAUCUACGUGAUCUGGCAUUCUGGAUGCAAAGGAGGGACCUGCGGACACUUGACCUUGAACCAGAACCUGGGAUGAGGGUUUUGUUGGAGGUGGGAUUGCUUUCCCUCCUCCACUUUGGGUUCGCCCCAGAGGUGUGGCCCCACCUGGAGCUUCUCCACCGUGAUGGCAGGUCUCUUAGGAUUUUCCAUGCAGAAAACUCGAGAAUCUCCUGCCCCCAGGAAAAGCAGCCGAGCUGGCGUUGCACCUGGGGUAGGACCCGGGGUGACUCCCUGCUUUCACCCCUCCGUCCUUCCCCACCCAGCCUGCUGGCCUGGGCAGGUGUGCACCUUGGUCUUCAGUCGUAGAGGGGUGUGUGGGGGCUGACCUGGCCUCCUGAGCUGAGGGAGCCCCUGCCCGGUGGGGCCAACAUUCUGCCAACAUUCUGUCCCUGGUCACGGUGGGAGAGGGACGGCCCACAGCCCGGCCAGGCUGGUUUACAGCCGGAACCUGCCCUCACGCCCCAAUGGGUGUUCUCAGCAAGCUCUUUGCAUCCCCUGGUUCCCCUCAGGGGUUUCAGAGAACAGACAUUAAAAUAGGCCUCCGAAAAUAGUGUCUCUGAGCUUUGGAUCUGCCGUGCCUAAACUACCGGUUUCUCUCCUGCUGGGUGCUUUUGGUCAAGGACGGGGAAGGGGAGACAGCGCUCACACCCUCAGCAUUGUCCUCGCCAGGAACGGGGACACGUUUCAAAGGGGAGAUAAGAAAUCUAAAACUAUUGAGUAAAGUUAGACUUCAGGACUCUGCGUCCCUUUUGCCAGGCCUGUCCCACUUCUGCACAGAUAACCCCAUUGUGUCGGGUCACCUGCGGAGCAGAGCUCUGUCGCGAGUGUCCCCAGCGCAGCGGCUUCCCGACACCCGAAAGGUCACUUCCCACAGGCCUCUCUCGGCUCGAAAACAUCAGUGCUUCGUCCUUGUGUUAGUGGAAUAAAAACAUGCUUAUCUGAAGCCUUGGGGACAAAGGUGACAAAUCUCUGGGCUUUCAUCUUGAAUGUCUUUGGUGUUUCUUUUGGCACCGAAAUAAUAUGUGGGUAAAAAUAUUUUGAAUGUACAGUUGUGUGGUUUCGUGUGUGCUUCUACCUAUCUGAGCUUCCCGAGGGUGGGGCAUUGGGGGGGGGGUGGCGUGAGCUUGUGUCCCGAAGGAGCUUGUCACAGAGGAGAAUUUGAACCCCCCCAGGCUCAGAGUGGGGGAACCUCACCUCUGAGGACCAGAGACUGUUACUCAGGGAAACGGUCCAGGAAGGGACCCAGGUGUCGACCUCAUACCCCCACCCCCCACCCCAGUAAAACCUGGUCUGUGGGUGAUAAGUCUGGUCCAACUCACGUCGUGCUGAAUUUCGACAGUUUUACGUCAUCGCCUCUCCAGGGCUCAGGUGGGAAGAGGUACCACUUGCUUUUUACCUGCUGGUGCUACUGAGUUGUAGAAAUAAUGAAAUAUUUCUGCAUUUCACUUGAUGUUGGGCCUCUCUCUGAUAUUUUUUUAAAGGAAACAAAACCCAAACACUGGUGAUCAUUCCUUAUUUUUAUGGUAGAUUCACUGCAGGCCUCAGAUCAGACCCCCCGGGACCCUGGCGUUACGACUGGACUAACCAAAGCUGAUUUCCAAGCCACUGUUUGCGACUCCUGUGCAGCGUGUUCAGCCAGGCGGGCGCUAGGGUGGGCCCGGCCCGCUGCGGGGUGGGCAUCGCUGGCCUGCUGGAGGGCUGCUUUCUCCACCAGCAUGCUGGGGAGAGGGCCCGAGGGGGCCGGGCCAGGCCUCCUCCAGGGUUUAUUUGACAAUCGCAUUUUUGUUGAAAGAAUGGUACAUUUCCAGAUUUAGAAUCCAGCAUCCACCCAAAACGUUCAGUGACAAAAUUUGUCUACCCGAUGGGGCCUUAGCUGUUUGUGCAACGAUGUGGCCGGCAUCUUGUGUGUUCUGGCUUAUUACCUGAUGUGGCCCUUUGUAACCAGGAGGGCCAAUUUCACUCACCGGCCUGUGUGUGUGACAAAGUGUGAUUCCCUGCGCAAACUGCGGGGUGGGCUCUACUCAGACGUUUCCGACGUGCCAGUGAAUGCACUCCCCACCAGCAACCAUCUGCACGGGCACGCCGACACGCAUCCACAGGUCAUGCUGCGAGCCCUCUCACUGUGGCAUCGGUGACUAUGGCAGCAUAUCUGCAGGGCCGUGCACCUGGCAUCUGAGUCCCCAUCCCAAUGAGCUGUAAAACACUUCACGUGUUACAUUUUUUUAAUACUGUAAAACUUGGAAAAUAAACAGAAAACCC